AUGGGCGCCAGAACGGCUGAUGAUCACAGGGCGGCGAUGCUGCAGGCUCUAGACUUGGCCAAGAAUUCUCCUCCGAAACCAAGCAACUUCUGUGUCGGUGCCAUCCUGGUUAGGCUUGAUGACCAUGGCAUCGCUGCCAGUGGUUACACGCUCGAAUGUCCCGGCAACACACACGCAGAAGAGUGCUGCCUGCUCAAGCUGGCGGCGCAACACUCCACUACAGAAGAGGGCCUCGCGGGGGUGAUGAAGAGCCCUCAUGCCCUCUAUACCACCAUGGAGCCAUGCUUCAAGCGUCUUAGCGGCAAGAUGUCGUGCGUCGACAGGAUCCGGCGCCAAAGCGCGUGGAUAAAGGAGGUGUAUAUCGGAGUCUGCGAGCCGGAAACCUUUGUCGGCCAGAACCCCGGCCGUCAGAUGCUCGAGGAGGACGGCAUUCACGUUCACCAUGUUCUAAGCCUCGAAGAGGCCAUUCUGGCCGUUGCAACCGCUGGUCACAUCUCGAGUUGA